GAUCAAAGUUUCCAGAUGAUUCGCUUCGGGCUCUAGAUUACUAGCAUUUCUUAGCAAGUCUUUCGCAAUACUACCAUAGCCCUUGUAUAAUUAUUCCCCGUAUGACAGCUACGACAAUGGCAUCGCUUACAUCCACUGUUCGCAGAAGCGCAGUUGUUCUUGAAAACGUACCAACAAAAGCUUUCACAUCGCUAGCAGCGCCACAAUCUUCGAGAGGUCGGACUUAUUACACGGUCGCGGACACCUCGGUUCAAAGAAGAAGCCUAGCCAGCUGCCAAAAGAGUCUAGCAUCGAGACAACCUUGUCUUUUACACUCACGACAUCCAACCCAAAAUUGCAUCAUCGGCCGCGCCAGAUUUGCGACCACUACGACCAUAAUGGCAGAACCAACAGUCCACUCUCUAUUCGAGCCUGUCACUGGCACCUGGCAGUACGUCGUCUCGGACCCGAACACCAAGAGCGCUGUCAUCAUCGACCCAGUCCUAGACUAUGAUCCCAUCAAAGCAGCCAUGUCGACGGGAUCGGCUGAUGCCAUUCUCAAGACUGUAAAAGACAAUGGCUUGAAGAUUGAGAUGAUACUAGAGACGCAUGCUCAUGCAGAUCAUCUGACUGCUGCAUCAUAUCUCCAGUCAGCCCUUGCCAGAAGUCAAGGUUCCAAGCCACUCAUCGGCAUUGGAAAGCUUAUCCGCCAGGUUCAGACCUUGUUCGGAGAACGAUAUGGCAUCGACCCAAAAGAAUACGAUACUGUUUUUGAUAAGCUUUGGGAGGAUAAUGAUGAGUUCACCAUUGGCACUUUGACCGCCCGUGCUGUCCAUCUCCCUGGUCAUACACCAGAUCACAUGGGAUACCAUAUUGGCAAAAAUGUGUUUGUUGGCGAUUCUAUCUUUCACGUUGACAUUGGCUCCGCGCGCGCAGACUUCCCCGGUGGCAGCGCUGAAGCCAUCUUCAACUCUGGCCGCAAGCUCCUUGCACUACCAGAAGAUACAAAGAUCUGGGUAGGACAUGAUUAUCCGCCGGCUGGUCGAGAAGCCCCCGUUCCAUUCGCGACAGUAAAGGAGCACAGAGAGAACAACAAGCAUCUCAAAGAUGGGACGCGCGAGCACGAGUUCAUUGAGAUGCGAAAGAAACGCGAUGAGUCCCUUGCUGCACCUCGAUUGAUCCAUCCUUCAUUGCAAGUCAACAUUAGAGGUGGGCGACUCCCUGCGCCGAACCCAGCAGGGCUGAAGAUGAUCCAUCUACCAGUGAUGGGUUCGUCGUGGUAGGGAAGCCUUGUGACUCAACGCCAUUUGUAAGAGAUACACGCUGUACGAGAGCCUGAGGUGGGUGCUUAUUUUGAUGUUGAGGAUUGAUAGUUUAGCGAGCCAAAACAAAUUGCAAAUCACUUUCAAUAAU